AGUCGCUGACAGCCGCGGCGCUGCGAGCUGCUUCUCUUCUCUUCCCUACGGACACCAGUCGUCAUGAUGAAAAGCGGCUUGGGCUGCUGGAUCCUGGUUCUCUUUGUGGCCACAUGGAGUGACAUGGGCCUCUGCAAGAAGCGACCAAAGCCUGGAGGAGGAUGGAACACUGGAGGCAGCCGAUAUCCAGGGCAGGGGAGUCCUGGCGGCAACCGCUACCCACCCCAGGGUGGUGGUGGCUGGGGUCAGCCUCACGGUGGUGGCUGGGGACAGCCCCACGGUGGUGGUGGCUGGGGACAACCCCACGGUGGUGGUGGCUGGGGACAGCCCCAUGGUGGGGGUGGCUGGGGUCAAGGUGGCUCCCACAGUCAGUGGAACAAGCCCAGUAAACCAAAAACCAACAUGAAGCAUGUGGCAGGGGCGGCCGCGGCUGGGGCGGUAGUGGGAGGCCUUGGUGGCUAUAUGCUGGGAAGCGCAAUGAGCAGGCCUCUCAUACAUUUUGGUAACGACUACGAGGACCGUUACUAUCGUGAAAACAUGUACCGUUACCCCAACCAAGUGUACUACAGGCCCGUGAAUGAGUACAGCAGCGAGAACAACUUUGUGCAUGACUGCGUCAACAUCACAGUCAAGCAGCACACCACCACCACCACCACCAAAGGAGAGAACUUCACCGAGACCGAUAUCAAGAUAAUGGAGCGUGUGGUCGAACAGAUGUGCAUGACCCAGUACCAGAAGGAAUUCCAGGCUUACCAGAGAGGGUCGAGCGUGGUCCUCUUCUCCUCCCCUCCCGUGAUCCUCCUCAUCUCUUUCCUCAUCUUCCUGAUAGUGGGAUGA